AUGUCGUUCUUGCCUAAAAAAAAGAGAAAGACACUUCUAUUUGCACGGCUUUUAACUGAAGAGGAAAGUUGGCAUCAGUUAAAUGAGUUGAAUGAGGAAGCAGAACGAAAAGUUGAAGAAAUAAAGCAAAAAAAAGAGGUGGUGGCCCAAAGAAAAAAAGCAGCAGCCAAAAAAAAAGAAGUGGCAGGCAAAAAAAAAAAGGUACUAGCUAAAAAAAAGGAGCAGCUGCUCAAAAAAAAGGCGGUGCAACAACUAAUUCUAACACUAAAAGAAAAUCGG